UCUUGAAGUAAAACCAGUCUGCCCUCCGUACCGUGAGAGGCGUUAACAGUGGAUAAGACUCCGGUGUUGUUGUGGAGAUUAGCUUCUUACCUCCUAUAUCCAGCGGCUCAAUUCACAGCUAUCAGCCGGACUACCGGAGCUAGCGGCGGCUACAGCGGAGCAGCGGCCCGUCCGAGCAGCCGGAGGCGGUGUGUCUCUGGCAGCAGUGUAUGGGUCAGGUGGCUCCAGUCGGACACCAUGAGUUCUAAGGGAGGCGGCACCGCUCUGACCCGCCGUAACUACAGGCUGGCGUCAGACAUGGACAAGCCGAGAUCCACAGGUAUCGUGAAUGAGAAGCUGCUGAGUGACUACCUACACCAUGUGUUUCCUUCCACUAAACAGGGACCCACGCUGGCCUCGCUCAGGAAGCCUCUGGGUUUCCAGGAUCUUCCUGCUCACUUGGAGAAGCUGCUGUCUGAGGACACACCUACCGAGGACGGUCAGGCUGUGGACGGUCGUCUGGGUCCUCAGCCCGUUGUCCUCGAUCACACCAGCGGCUUUGAAGGACUCCUGUUUGUGGACGACGACCUGCUGGGGGUCAUCGGCCACAGCAACUUCAGCUCCAUCCGAGCGACCACCUGUGUUUAUAAAGGGAAGUGGGCCUACGAGGUGCUGAUCUCCUCUCAGGGUCUGAUGCAGAUAGGCUGGUGUACCCUCAGCUGUCGCUUUAAUCAGGAGGAGGGUGUAGGUGACACGCCAGACUCGUACGCUUACGACGGAAACAGAGUGAGAAAGUGGAACGUGACGACGACAAACUACGGAAAGUCGUGGGCAGCAGGAGACAUCGUGAGCUGUCUGAUAGACCUGGAUGAAGGAACCAUCACGUUCUGCCUGAACGGCCAGUCUUUGGGGACGGCCUUCACCAACAUUAAGAUGGGUCCUGGCAUCGCUUACUUUCCCGCCAUCAGCCUCUCCUUUAAAGAGUCAGUGGCUUUCAACUUCGGCAGCAGGCCUCUCAGGUACCCCGUGGACGGCUACCUGCCCCUCCAGAACCCUCCAGCUGCAGACCUGAUGAAGGCCCACAAACUACUGGGCUACAUCAAGAACGUCCUGUCCACCGCCAUCGACACUCAGGAGGAGGGGCUGGUGGAGAAGGACUGCGCCGUGUGGAGGCUUCACGGAGAACCGACCGUCCUCGUCACUCUGGCUCACAUCUUUAACCACUUCGCUCCACUCAUGUGUAAGGUGUAUCUGGUGGAGGACGUGCUGAUGAACUUCCUGCUGGGGAUUCUGGAGGGAGGAGGUUCGGUGGACGAACACCCGCUCAUCCAGCAGCUGCUCGACCUCUUCUGGCUGCUGAUGGAGGACCACGAGGUGAACGAGUGUCUGAAGCAACUCAUGAUGUCCUUACUCAGGGCCUACCGCUUCUCCCCCAUCAUCCCAGACCUGGGCUUCCAGAUACACUACCUGCGGCUGACCACGGCCAUCCUGCGCCACGAGAAGUCCAGGAAGUACCUGCUCAGCAACGUCUUAUUCGACGUUCUGCGCUCGGUCGUGUUCUUUUACAUCAAGACUCCUCUGAGGGUGAAGGAGGCGGGGCUAGAGGAGCUCAUCCCAACCACCUGGUGGCCCACACACUUCGACAAGGAGGGUAAAGACGAGCUCGAGCCCAAAGACGAGAGCGCUGACGAGCGUCUGAGGCGCCGAGCCUACGAAAGAGGCUGCCAGAGGCUGAAGAAGAGGAUCGAAGUGGUGGAGGAGUUGCAGGUUCAGAUCCUGAGGCUGCUGCUCAAUAACAAGGACAAGAGCACGGGAGAAGCCUCGCGCUACAUUUUCCUCAACAAGUUCAGGAAGUUCCUCCAGGAAAACGCCAGCAACAGAGGGCACCCCACGGCUCUGUGUCCGCCCGAGUACAUGGUGUGUUUCCUGCACCGCCUCAUCACGGCGGUCAGAGGCUGCUGGGACGAAGGACACCGCAAGAGUCUGAGCAGCGUGAGCAGCGACGGGGCCUACGUCCCUCCUCAGCUCUUCUAUAACGGGAAGGUGGACUACUUCGAUCUGCAGAGGCUGGGCGGGCUGCUGUCCCACCUGAAGAAAACCCUGAAAGACGAUUUGGCGAGUAAAGCCAACAUCAUCAUCGACCCCGCGGAGAUCCAGGCCACGUCCAUGGACGACCUGGACGAGGACGACGAGAGCGGAGCUGCUCAGAGGCUGCCUGGGGCUGUGGCGAUGGGCGGAGCUCUGGCGAGGCCCAGCUGGUUGAGUUCUCCCACUUUGGGUCGGGCCAACCGCUUCCUGAGCACGGCCGCCGUCAGCCUGAUGACCCCCAGGCGACCCCUGAGUCAGCCGGAGAAGGUGAAGGUCCGAACGCUCGCCGUGGAGCAGCGCACUGAAGAGGACAUCGAGGGAAGUUAUGGCAACGACGGCCUGUUGCUGGGGCGACCGCUCGAGGAGCCCGAUCAACCAAAUGCAGACAAGUCGCUGCUGGAGAUCGUGGACGGGAUCGUGAUGAUGUACAACCUGAGUGUCCAUCAGCAGCUGGGGAAGAUGGUGGUGGUGUCAGACGAUGUCCACGAGUACGCCGUGGCGCUGAAGGACACGGAGGAGAAGAUCGCCCGCUGCCCCGCCAGAAGGGCCGACAUCCUGGAGGAGCUCCAGAAGAGCCAGAAGGUUUUUGCGGAGAAGCUGAACCACCUGAGCAGGAGGCUGGCCUGGAUCAACGCCACCAUCUACUCCAAGGAGAAGAUGCUGGACAUCUACUGGCUGUUGUGUGUCUGCAUCCGCACCAUCGAACACGCCGACAACACCGGCUCUCUCUUCGCCUUCACACCAGAGUUCUACCUCAACGUCGCCAUGAACGCGUACAGCGCCCUGAAGAACUACUUCAGCCCGGCUAACGGCAUGGACGAGCUGCCCGGCUACGAGGAAACUCUGACUCAGCUCGCCGCCAUCCUCGCCAAGCACUUUGCAGAUCCACGCAUCGUCGGGACAGAUAUCAAAGACUCUCUGAUGCAGGCGCUGGCCAGCUACGUCUGUUACCCACAAUCCCUCAGGGCCGUGGAGAGGAUCCCGGAGGAGCAACGAGUGGCAAUGAUGAAGAACCUGCUGGCUCCGUACGAGCAGAGACCAUGGGCCCAGACCAACUGGAUCCUGGUCAGACUGUGGAGGGGUUGUGGUUUUGGCUACAGAUACACUCGCCUCCCUCAUCUCCUGAAAACCAAACCCGAGGAUGCCAACCUGCCCAGUCUGCAGAAGCCGUGCCCGUCGUUGCUGCUGCAGAGACACAUGGCGGAGCUGCUCAGCAUGGACAAAGACAUGGCCGCCUCUUUCCUCAACAGCGUCCUGAACCAGCUCAACUGGGCCUUCUCUGAGUUCAUCGGCAUGAUCCAGGAGAUCCAGCAGGCUGCGGAGCGUCCAGAGAGGAACUUCGUGGACACUCGUCAGCUGAAGGUGUGUGCGACCUGCUUCGACCUGUCCGUCAGCCUGCUGCGGGUGCUCGAGAUGACCGUCACUCUGGUGCCUGAGAUCUUCCUGGACUGGUCCCGCCCCUCCGCGGAGCUGCUGCUCAGACGGCUCGCUCAGCUGCUGAACCAGGUGCUGAACCGAGUGACAGCAGAGAAGAACCUGUUUGACCGAGUCGUCAACCUCAGACUGCCAGGGCUGGAGAGCGUGGACCACUACCCCAUCCUGGUGGCUGUUACCGGCAUCCUGGUUCGGAUCCUGGUGGACGGAGACCGGCAGGGGAGUCCUUUCAUGCACUGACUGAGUGUGUGGAUCUUUGUCACGCUGAAACAAGAAGCUGAUGUUUCCAGAUGUUCCUGCCUGGUGGAUCAGACAGUUCAUCAGUUUAUCAAAGAUCUCCAACAGCACUGAAACCAUGACAGAGCCUCCACCGUGCCUCACAGAUGGCUGCAGACCUCCUCCUGACCUCCUCGUACACACUGACCGUGAUGUGGAUCCAUCGCUCCAUCAGACCUGUUCCUCUGAUCUUCAGCCCAGUUCUCGUGUCAUUUUCAGACCUCGGCCUUUCCUCCUGUGUCCCUUCAUUAAGAACGUCUUCCUGACAGCCGUCCUUCGCUGAUCGUCUCUGAUGAGGCUUCAGUGAGCAGCAGAUGAUCAGCUGGAGGUCCAGAUCGUCUCUCAGGUCCUGUGUCGGGUCUUUCUGAUCCAGUUCACCUGCUGUAGAGUUUGGGAAUCACCUCGUUGGAGCAAAAAUAAAAUUUUAUGUUAAACUGUGGUUUCUUUGGGAUUUUACACAGAUUGAAUAAAAACAUGGAAACAAGUGAAGCGUGUGUGUGACAGCCUGCUGCGAACAAAGAGCCUGCAGGAAGCGUUUAAACGGUGUUAUGCGCAGACACACACUGGUGCAUCGUUGAGUGAGGAGCCGGAUCAUGCUUGAAUGAUUCAGAGGCUCAACAAAUAAAAACACUUGUGUGAAAAUAAUCAGGUACAAAGACCAGUGUCCAAAAAAAGCGAGCUGGAGAACUGUUAUUGAGGAAAUGAGGGGUGGCUCGAGACUUUCGCCCAGCGCUUUGGUCCAGCGUAACCCUGUGAGGGGGGAGGGGGCGGGCCUCUAGAUUAAAGUCUGUAAAAACUACAGGCGUCACAUGACGUCCAGUAGGAGGAGUCUGUUUGGACAGAUGUCGUGUCUUCAGUUUGAACUCGGAGCUUUCGAUGCUGCCGUGAGGCUCGGACUCUGUCUCCAGGAGAUGAACUGAAUCCACCAUUGGAUUAGUUUUAUUAAAACAUGCGACCAGCACCUUUAAGCAUUUUUCUCACUUUACGUCCUGGCAUAUCAGGCGCUCCGCUGAGCUGAUGCCGGUCCGUGAUUGUCCGAUGAGGAGGCGGGGUUUGGCAGCAGCUCUGCACAGAUUGGGCUGAAUGAAGGAGCUCCGGGGUCCGAUCAUGUUGACUCGUUUGCUUCCCUGACCGCCUGUGAUCUGAUCUGAAGAGCAGGAACGGGAUGGAAUCAUUUAUUUCACUCAGUUUUAGUGAGAAAAGAUGUUUCUGAUGUCAUCAAACAUUAAAAUUGUUUGUGUGUUUGGAAGCUCAGCCGUGUUUAGAUCACGGUUCAUCUCCUGGUGGAUAUCUGUGAUUAUCAACCUGCCAGAUGGGUUUUUCAUCUGAUGAACUUGGGCUCGGAUGUUUUUCCAGUUUUGUUUGUGUUGUUUCUCCUCUGAUUGAGCCUCCCGUGGACUCUGAGGGCUCGCCUACACAUUUAAAGAAAUCACAUCUUGUGUAAUUAAGGUGGUGUGAACAGUAAACACAGAGCCUCUGCAGGGAGUUUCCAUCCGACGUGUCGACUGCAGUUCUGCCCUGGCUUGUCCAAGAUGGUGGCGUUAGAGUCCAUCAGACCGCUGGACAGUGGACUUGUUGGGAAAUCAGCUGAACAGCAGCCACAGGAGUGGAUUUCCUCUAAUAAAUCAGUCGUUUGUGACUCUGACAGAUAAGCAGUACAGAGCUGCUAUAAUGAGCCCCAGGUGCGCUGCUGUUAGUGUACCUGCACCAGUGGGAAACACUGACACACAGCCGGAGAUCUGAGGAUGGAGCUGAUUAAUAAAGUGAUCAGAAACUCAGGUGAAGCAUCUGGAUCCAUAAAUGAUUGACGAGGUUCAGGCGGAUUCAGGUUCAGCUGCAGAGCUGGAUUCUUCCACGGGGCUUUUAUUCACUCUGCCUUCAUCAAUUUUUCAUGGCAGAUGUUUUAGUGGAGGAGGAGGAGGAGGAGGGCGAGGGCUUCAGGUGGGAUUUGGUUCCAGAUGGAGGAGUUGACUGAGGUUACCCUACUGUCGUGUAGAUAUCGUCAUGCCUGCACUCUUGUAUGUUGCUCACAGGAAACACAGCGCACUGCUUCAUUCAGGGGACAUUCAUCGCUUUAGGCUGACUUCCUGUUGUCAGUAGGUGGCGUUGCAGACCGAAACAUCAGCGAGGCGUUUCGCUAAAACGACAAAUCAGAGCUGCUGUUUGUUAAAGUGAGAGAACUGGAAUCUUGCACUUUCAAUGAUGGAGGAGUGAAAGAGCACGACUGUCUCCUGUCAGCUGGACUCCAUCCACGGCCGUUGGCUGGGAGCAGAUUCGUGUCUGACACUCUGAGUCACAACGAAAAUAUCCUCCUGUUAAUGAGGCUCAACAUUUAAAAUAGGGACGUGUAGCACUUCCUGUUUUGCUGACAGUGCCCAUGCGUGCAGCUAAUUUCAUGCUCACAGCUUCAGCUCACCGGAGUCCAGUCUCAGCCUGAGGCAGUAAUUCAGUUCAGCUGUAUUUAAAAGGCGCCACAUCACAUCAGCAGUCACCUCCAGGUGCUUCAAACUGUACAACACCGUGACCGCUCAGCUUUCAUCUCUCCAGCAAACGAGGAUGUGUUUGUAUUUGUAUCCAGGAUGGGGAAAAACUGCUGAAACAACCAACGAGCCCCAACAAUCAGACCACGCCCUAUGAGCAACUUUGGUGACGGUGGGAACAAAAAACCCUCCAGAACCAUUAUUGCUGGACUCCACCACAGCAGCUGUUUAUGAUUCACAGCUCAUAAUAAUCCUUCUUUGUCUGAUCCUGGGCUUCUGUGCAGCUGCUCCAUUCAUAGUCUGUAUGCUGAUUUAGCCCCUCCCUCUUUUAGACUGACUUUCUUCUGAUUGGCUGCCCCUCACAAAGAACGUGGGUGGAGCUUGUGUAAGCUCUGCCCUGCUGUCACAAAGGCAGCCUUUUAUCUUUGUUCGCCGACGUAAACGCGGCUCAAACAAACACAGCGAUAUUCCAGAACGUCGCAGCAGAUCGGGUCCUGAGGCUGUGGGCGUACUGCUCAUGACGAGCGCGGACAGCAGCAGGACGUUUGGUCCUGAGUCCGCUCGCCGAUUUUGAUGUUUGGGGUGUCGUGCUGAUCCGGCGAGCGGCUCGGGGCGCCGCUGCCUCACUGAGCACGAGGGAAGACCUGCUGAAUAUUUGAUGCCGCUCUGCGUUCAGUGUUACAUAAGAGCGCCACAUCACUGCUGUUCCCAUUCACGUUAACCCCUGAGUGGGCAGGAGAAGCCAGAGCACAGCAGCCAAUCUAACCUCCUGAUGAACGCGACUGAUGAGCGCCCUGCUGCUUAUCAUCCGCUGAUUGGAGCUCUGUGAUUGGCUCGUUUCAGUCCCGCUGGCUCUUUCUCACCCGCGUGUAUCUCACAAACCCAGCUCAGGGCCUGUCCGGUAAUGAUGAGCUGUGAUUGGCCCGAUCCGUCAAACGGUAGUUAACGCCGCCUGCGGUGAGACGUGAAAGCGGCGCUUUGGAAACGAUCUUAACUUGUUCCACAAAACAAUCCUGAGGCUUGGCUGGGAGGUGACUUGGCUGGGAGGUGACUCGGCUGGGAGGUGACUCGGCAGCGUGCUCGCCGUGUCCGAUCCCGGCGGUCCGAGCUGCUCGUUUGGGGUUGUGGCUCUGCAUGUGGCUGGUGUCUGUGGUUUGUGGGAGGAUGUCGGCGGUGAUCUCGUGUGUGUGAUAGGAUAAAUCGGAGCGCGCCUCCACCUGCUGACAGACCGGAAAACUAACGAGGCGUGUAAUUUUCCCGCCUGUGUGGUUUCCGCUCUGAUGUGUCGAGCUUCUUAAUAAAGUGUGAAAACUUCCUGCAGGAUUUGAAGGGUGCCAUCCGCCCCCCUCCACCUGACUUGCCCGUGGUGCUGGUGAGGUGUGGGCUGAUUGGCUGCAGCCAAACGGCCUUUUCUUCGCUCCCUGAAGGACGUGCAGAGCAAUCAGCAGCUUCAGCUCUUUUUCAUAUUGUGUUGAUUUGAAUAACAGCGUGAAGGAAAUGAACAGAGCGCACAUUAAUGAGACUGUGUGUGUGUGUGUGUGUGGCACACAGCACACCUUGUGAAGUAUAAAGGGCUUCAUGUAAAGAGUGUGUGACAGGAAAGGCUGUCGCUGUUUGUUCAGCACGUCUGAACGAGUUUUUGUCUGGAGGGACGCUGGCUCGUCGGACGGCACCGUGCACACCUGCCUUUGUAAACACGAUAACUGAGAACAAGCCGAUGCUUCAGAGGUGGCUCUACCAAAAAUCUGGGAUGUGUUUGAAUGUCGAUGAGCUCGAGGUCAGAGGCUUUCCGUUGAUAUUAGAGUCAUUCAGGUAAUCCCAAGCAUUGCGUCACACCAACCCGAAGAGGAAGGUUGAGAGAGAGAGAGAGAGAGAGAGAGA